CAAAAUCCAAACCCGAACGGAACAAAAUAGAACCAUUUUCUCCACCCACGAACUCCGUCGUCGCCGCCGCCUCCACUCCUCCCUCCCCUCCUGUUUCCCCACCCCACCAAAACCCUAGCCGCCCAGGGGCUUCCUCACCUAUCCGCCGCCACGACGGCAGCCUAGAUCCCCUGGAUCUCGCGCGCCCUAGGGUUCCGGCCUCCCCCCGCGUCCUCGCCGCCGUCCCAGACGCCGUGCGAUUCAAGGCAGGGUUCUGGCUGCCCCACCAUGCCUCGGAACUCGCGCCACAGGUCGCACCGGUCGCACAAGCGGGGCGGGUCGGCGGAGCGGUCAGAGUCCGAUGGAGAGGAUGUGGGCGCCCCUGGCGCGCGGGAGGAGGCCACUUCGGUGGCUAGGGUUCCGCGAGAUCCCGAGCCGGAGAGGCGGAGGUCGUCGUCGGGGAAGGAGGUGGUGAGCUCGGGGUACGGCUACACUGAGCAUGGGAAGAAGAGGAAGGAUAGAGUCGAGGAGAUGGUGGUGGAUGUGGUCAGCGACCGCUGGAACAGCGGCGUGUGCGAGGAUCACUUGGUCGAGAAGAGGUCUAAGAGUGAGGUGUUUGGGCCGGUCGAUGUGGAGAAGUUGGCGGAGAAGCCCAAGGGUUCGGGGGAUGAGUCAAAGAGGUCAAGUCGGCGGACCGUGGGAUUGGAUGAGAGGGUUGAUGAGGUUGUGUCGAAGAGUGAUUCCGGGAAGCGGCGGCCGGAGAAGGAGAAGGACUUGGGAAGGAGGGAGAGUAGUGGGCAGUACAAGGAUGAUAGAGAUAGGGAGAGAGAUAGAGAAAAGGAGAAAGAAUGGGAGAGGCUGAAGGAGAGAGAGAGGGAAAGAGGUAGGGAUAGAGAGAGGGAUAAGGAAAGAGAACGUGAGAAGGAGAGGGAGAGAGAACGGGAGAGGGAGCGGGAUAAAGAUAGGGAUAGGGAGCGAGAGCGGGAGCGUGACAGGGAACGGGAGCGUGAGAGGCAAAAGGACCGGGAGAGGGAGAAGAAGGACUAUGAUUCCAAGCAUGAGAGGUAUGAAGAUGGUAGUGCAAGGAAGAGUGGCUCUAAAACUAGCAGGGCAGAGGAGGAGGGUUACUCAUACAAGAGGCACAUGGAGAUCAAUGAAACUCCAGCUAAAGAGAGAUACAGUAAUCCUGAUAGAGAGACUGAUAAACACAGCCGAAGAAAAGAAGACUCUGAAGAUAAAGAUAAGUGGACAACUGAUAAUAGAGACAGCGAUGAUAGGAAGACUCUGUCCAGGUAUGAUCACGGUAAGGUCAGGAGCUCUAAGGAACAAAGGUUUGAGGAUGACAAGUAUAAACAGAAGUACAAGGAUGAUUAUGAGAGGGAUAAAAGACAGCAAGAUGACAAGUGUCUAGAUGAGCGGUUGACCCGAGAUCAUGGAGGUGAUAGGGCUGAUUAUAAGAGCACUAAAGAUGGGCACAGAAUUUCAGAGGGUCAUUACAGAAAGGAUAUAGUUCAAGACAUCGAUCGUUAUGAUGAUUAUGGCAGUAGGUAUAAGGAAAACAGAGGGAGGAAAAGACCCCCUGAGGAAAACGACGACCAGUAUGAUUUGAAGACUCCAAGCGCACGAGAGCCACGUGGGAAUUUGGAAAAGUCUUCAGGCAGUGGGCGACUUGAUUCUCUGAUUGAGAGGGCAAGGUCUGAACAUAGACAUCCAGAAAAUGUUGAUUCUAGUCCGAGUAAAAUUCAUGCAAGAAGUUCACCUAGCUCAAAUCCUCACCAUGAGAAAGAUCAAAGCUGGCAUGGAUCUAAACUGACGGAUCAUACAAAGAGAGAAAUACCAUAUGAUGAAAGAAGUAUUCGACCAAGAACAUCUUCAGGGAGGGAACGGACACCUGCUUCUAGACUGCGUGACAGGGAUACAGACAAUUGGUCUUCAGAAAGGCUCAAACAAAAGGAUGAUCUCCAGUCACGUGACAUACCAUUGGAAAUUUCCGCUUCAUCACAAUAUGAUCGAACACCAAGGAAAGAUACACAUCCUUCACCAAAACAGUUGUCUGAAAAAUCCCCAUCUUCAAAUGACCAAAGGUUUUCAGGUAGGCUUAGUGGUGGCCGCAGUCUUGAUAAUAAAGGGGAAAGGAGCAUCCUUCCUAAAUACAGGGAUCGAGAGGGUGAUUUAACCUUGGAACGGUCACUUCAUCAAGAUCGAACACCAGCUAGAAUGCCUUACAGAGAGCCAACACCUUCUGCUUCAUCCAUAAGCAGAGGUGGCCAUUUUCCAGGUACUUCCCCAAAUCAUCCACUGGUGCCACCUGCAAGGCACAGAGGUGAUGAUUCUUCCUUCUCGGGUUCACAUGAUGAUGACCGUAGACCUCAGAGUGGAGACAGGAGGUUCCAUGGUCAUCAGAAGAGGAAUGAUAUGAGUUCUGGACGUGGGCAUGGGCAUGCCUGGAAUAAUGCACCAAGCUGGCCUUCUCCAGUUGCAAAUGGUUUUGUCCCCAUGCAGCAUGGUGCUGCUGGAUUUCACCCACCUGUACAUCAGUUUCAUCCCCCACCUAUGUUUAACCUUAGGCCCCAAAUGAAAUUGAACCAACCUGGAGUGUCAUAUCCUAUGCAUGAUGCAGUUGACAGGUUUUCGCCCCACAUGCGCCCAUUUGGGUGGCCUAAUUCACUUGAUGAAUCAUGCCCCCCUCACCUGCAAGUUUGGAAUGGUGGCACUGGUGUAUUUGGGGGUGAACCCUAUAUGUAUGGUAGGCAAGAGUGGGAUCAGAACAAGCUGCAUGCUGGCAGCAGAGGGUGGGAGCCAACUGGUGAUGCAUUGAAGGGACAAAACGAAUUGCCUGACACUGAACUCCCUGUUGCUAAAAUGGAGCCUGACUGUUUAGCAACAUCUGUUUCAGAGUCUUCUGGUGGACAGUAUAAUCUUCAUCCUUAUGCCGAGCAGAAAGAAAUAGACCACUCCAUUUCAGAAAAGACUGAAGCUAAGGGUGAUACUAAAAGUGCUAUGAAAAAUUUGGAAGCACCUCAAGGAACAACACUCAGGGCGUCUAAGUUGUCAAGUAAUGAUGGUGCAGUGUUUUCUAAGAAUUAUUUAUCCAGAAUUAGUGUAUCACAUGAUCUUGCUGAGCCAGAGUUAUACAAAAGGUGCAUAUCCCUGCUGGGAAACCUGGGCAUAGCAAAUGGUGUCCCUCAGGUGGUUAGGAAUGGGCUUAUCCAGAACAAUGGAAAUGCUGGAAGGAUAACUGGAAAACAUGGAAGCCCCAAUCUGCUGGGUUCAUUUUGUGUAAAGAGCAACAAUACUAUUUUUCAGAGAGCUAUGGCCCUUCACAAGAACCAGACAGAAAAGGCUGUGGUUCCUACUCAAGUCUUUGUGCAAGCUGACAGGAAAAUGGACUUAACAGAAGAUAAUCAUGAUGUCACAGAAAUGAUGGACCACUCUCCACCAAAGGAAUCAACGGUGAGUAGAACUGCUCUUCACUGUCCUGCUGAUGUUAUGGAAGGGACACCGUUAAAACCGAUGCAUGGUGAUGGUAUGGGGGUGACGCCUCAAGCAACUACAGAAUCUGGUGAUGUGGAUGCACCUCCAGCAAUCACAGAAUCUUGUGAUGUCGAAAUGUCUCCAGCAGUCACAGGACCUGGCGAGGAUACUGAGGUGGUGGCACUUCCAGCAAUCACAGAACCUGACAAAAACAUCGAUGAUUUGUCACCUCCAGCAAUAGCAGAACCUGCUGAUGGUGUGCCCCAAGUAAUCUCAGAACAUGUCGACGGCUCACAGGAAGCUCCUUCAGCCCCCGAAGAAUUGGGUGAUGCCAUGGACAUUGUGCCACCAGCAGUCACAAAACAACCUGGCCAGGGCGAGGAUUCUCAUGCCGUUGGUAGUCCUCCUGGUGGUCAAGAGACUGUCUUCAUCAUGCAUGAAGGAGUUGAAAAAGGCAUGCAAGGAGAUGCUGAUAAGGUUAUCGAUGAUAUCCCUGGGGAUGCAGAGGUGAAUGCAUCUAACUUCGUUUCAGAAUUGGAUGUUGUUGCAAGGGGCGCUCAGGAUUGUGAAGGUUUGUUGGUGGAGAGGGGAGUAAAUUUAAGUCGGAUACCUAAUUCUCCAGAAAGUACACAUUGAAACUCCUUUCAUUUCAUUUUUAAUUCCUUUUUGAGGGUUUCGUGCCUUCCGCCUAGAGUUUGUUUUGAGUUGCAUUGCUUUUCAUUUUCCUCCCCAGUGUUUUUGCCCGUCUGGUGCAGUGUUUGCGGUGAGUCGGUUUUGUUGGUGGGA